AUGGCGGCAGAAGCAUAUUUAUAUUUACCUGAUGAGUGUUGGGAAUGUGUCUUCAAAUUUCUCAACAACCAUGAAGACGACAAAGACAACAGCUAUUUCAAGUAUCUCUCCCUUGUUUCCAAGCAGUUUCUCUCCAUCACCAACCGUCUUCGAUUCUUUGUCGUUAUCGGCUCAAAAACACUCCCUUUCAUCCAUCUUCUAUUUCAAAGAUUUCCCAAUAUCACAUCCCUCGCCCUCAAGCGUGGCUUCCACCGUAAUUCCAAUGCCUUCCGUGGUGAUCGCAAUGCAUUUCUUCAUCAAAUAUCUCGUCUUCCUUUGAAACUCACAUGUCUCGAUCUCACCAGCCAAGUCUUCAUUCCCGCUGAUGGGUUGCGGUUACUCAUUGCCGAUUGUUUUCCUUCACUCGAAGAAGUUGAUAUAGGUAGAAUUGCAAUAUUUCACGAUCAAAAUAGAUUCAUUGAUGGGAUAAAGACUCUUUCGUUGGCACUUUCCAAACUCCGCAAGAUUAAUCUCUCUACUCAUAGUUACAUGACCGACGAAUGUCUUUUCCACUUGUUCAACAACUGUAAAUUUCUCGAAGAGGUGAUCAUAUUUGAUUGUUUUAAUAUUACCAAUGUCGGUAUUGUUUAUGCUCUCUGUGAGAGACCAAAAUUCAAAUCUUUACACUUUACCAAUAGAACAGACAAUUGUUCAAAUUUGUUAGACAUCCUUAGAAACUGUCCUUCCCUUAUUUUGAAGAGAUGUUGUAAAAUUAGGCAUUUGAACUUAGCUCAUUGUUCAAAAGUGAAGCUACUUGGAAUGAACUUUGAAGCUCCUAAAUUGGAGGUAUUGAACUUGUCGCACACAAACGUUAAUAAUGCAGAACUCCUUGUGAUCUCAAAGAGUUGUCCCAGGCUUUUGCAACUGACACUUGAAAAUUGUAUUUAUGUCUCAAAUACGGGAGUGAAACAUGUGGCAGAAAACUGCAUCCAACUACGAGAGAUUAAUUUGAAACACUGCCAAAAAGUGCAUCCUAAGGUUGUUGACUCCUUGAUAUUUUCAAGGCCAACAUUGAGAAAAAUAAUUGUUCCACCACGCUAUCGUUUCAAUGAUGGAAAUAGGGAACUCUUGAGUCAUGGAUGCCUUCUUUGUUAG